UCAGACUAGCGUGGAACUACAUGAAGCUUAUAUGGAUAUGGCUGCAAUAUAGCCCCUAAAAUAUAGUCCAGAUUGACUUCCUUCACUCCCUCUGGAAGCUGGAAUGUGAACGCCCGCAGCAGGUUGACAAAGAAGAUGAAGAGCUCAGUUCUUGCCAUCUGUUCCCCCAAACACACCCGAUGCCCUACAGAAGGAACAAGAGAAGGGAAUUGCUCCUACAAGUGAUUGCACAGAGAACCUAUCAUUUCCUUAGCUCUCACAGUGAGAGAUACAGACCAGACAGAUUUAGAUGCCAAUGACAUACCUGCUGAGAAAGCUGUUUGAAAUUCUCCCCUGGCUCAUGCAUCAUCUCCCAGGACCUCAACAGAAGGCAAACUCUUGCUGUGAGUUUGUGUGUCCUUUCAUAAGGAAAGGAGAUCAGAAGCCACAAGGAGAGAGAGGCAUACCAGACGAACCACAGGAUUUCAUUGACUUCUAUCUGGCUCAGAUAGCCAAAGCUAAAGGUGACCCCGCCUCUACGUAUGAUGAAGACAACAUGAAUCAGUCUAUUUUUUACCUCUUUCUGGCAGGUACAGAGACCACAACCACCACUCUGCGCUGGGCACUGCUCUAUAUGGUGGCUUAUCCCGACAUCCAAGAGAACGUCCAGAAGGAGCUGGACACUGUGCUGGGUCCCUCCCAGUUAAUCUGCUAUGAGGAUCGGAAGAACCUGCCCUACACCAAUGCCGUGAUUCAUGAGAUCCAGCGUUACUGUAGCAUUGUUUUAAUUGCGAUCCCCAGAGAAAGCGGGAAGGAUACAACGCUGCAGGGAUUUCCGAUUCCAAAGGGCACCCUCAUUCUGCCAAAUUUAGACUCUGUCCUCUUUGAUCCUGAGAAAUGGGAGUCUCCUCGACAGUUCAGCCCGAGUUGUUUCUUGGAUAAGGAAGGAAAUUUUGUGAGCAGAGAAGCUUUUUUACCAUUCUCAACAGGGUCCCGUGUGUGUUUGGGGGCGCAGCUGGCAAGGAGUGAGCUCUUCAUCGUCUUCGCCAACCUGCUGAGGGCGCUCAUGUUCACCCUCCCAAAGGGAGUGGAGGAAAUCAGCACAAAGCUUGUUUUGGGGAGCACGAUGCAGCCCCAGCCAUAUAAGCUCUGUGUUGUUCCUCGUUAGGCUGCAGUGCAUCACAGAUCAGGAGAAGAAUCAUUCAUCAAGAUUGCUUGACCCCAUUACUUUCCUCCUUGCAUCUCUUAUUCUUUUUCUGGUGUCAGCGUCACACGUUAUCGCAAGCUGUUAGACCCUGGGCAAUGCAACUGAACAGUGCAACUGUUUCAUCAUUGUCUUGUGCUCAAAAAGUCUUGUAAAUUUCUUCCAGAUGUGCUACACAUUAAAAAAUAACAGCAAAGAAAUGUAGAGUCUGACUUUACUUCUCACUGACCUGAAAACUGACUAGUGGGAGGAAGAAUUAAAGGUAGAUGCUGUCAUUUAUUAUAAU